AUGUCUAUUCACCGGUUUGCCCUCGUUGCAGGCCUACUGCUCAGUCGGGUCUCUGCUACCACUCCCGCAGCAAGCUCCCCGCCUGUUAGCAGUCAGGCCCAUGUAUCUAUUGCAACUUGCAACACGGUGUUGGGAACCAAGUCGGUGAAGUCUGUGCCGACCACGACUAUCACUCGCACCAUCCAUGACCCGACUCCUGUUGUUGUCUUGACAACGACCCAAGAUACCGUCACCGUCACUCCUGCUGUCUCAACAGACACAGUGACGGACUAUGAGACGACUACUAUCAUCUCUACUGCUACCACUAUCACCGAUACCUUCUCGACCACCUCAACUGAGAUUGACACCGCAACAGUGACUCUCACUCCCUCCCCCGUCACCGCAACCAUCUUCACCACCCUCUCAACCACCUCAACCAGCACUUCUACCAUUGCCACUUCCCUAGGUUUCACUCCAAUCGCGGACACCCUUCCUCCCUCUCCGACAGUAUACAAGCGCUCCCUGCUGGAGGAGGAAGACGAUAAUUGUGCACCUUACCUGGAUGAUCUCAAAUAUCCCCAAAAGGUUGUGUGCCACGAGCGAAACAUCAUCAAAGCCACAACCAUCUCUACAAUCACCGAAAACCCCAUCACUACCACCGCCCCUGCCUCGACGACAACCGUGACCGUGACAAACACCAUCACCAGUAACUCAAUCGUCCUCCCAUCUGAUGUCUCAACAACCCUAAGCUACAGCACCACCUCCACCAUCACCGAGACCAGCGUCGCCGCCAUCGAGACAACCACAGUCACAUCCACGGCCACCGUUCUCGGCGCAGUAACCACGACCUCCGCGUACGCGGCGUGUGCAACCAACAACAUCGCCGGUGCUCCUCUCUCCUCGGACUUCGGGUCGCUGGCAGGUAAAUACGUGUACUCGCUCACGUUCAGCAACAUCCCGGGCUACUCACUGAGCGUCGGGAAUACUGCGUCUGCGUAUGACUGCUGUGCCAGUUGUCAGGCAAGCUCUAAAUGCGCUAUGUCGUACUUCGUCCACAUUGCAUCUGGCGUUAAUUACUGCUAUUUGGCUAGCACUACCGUGUGUGCUUCUUCUACUUAUGGAAAGCUGACACUCACGGAUUCGGUGACUGCGGUCCAGGUUUCCAAUGGAAAUUGUGGGAGAAUAAUUAACUCUUGA